AUGGUAAAUCGGCGUGAAACGUUAAAAACACAAUGUUCCGAAUAUAAAAGAACAUCAUCAAAGAACACAUUGGCCAUAAAAAAUAUUAUAUUAGAUAAAGAACAUAAUUUUUCCUGGUGUCCUGUUUAUAAAGGUGGCUCGACUCAUUGGUUAUGGACCAUGGCAAGUACAUCAAAAAAAUUUGACCGAACCAUUUGGGAAUUUUUAAAAGAUAAAAUUCAUAUAUCAUCUUAUACAAGGCAACUUUACGAGACUGGAUUAUCACUCGAAGACAAAUAUAAAGCAAUACAGAAAUCAAUAAAAGUAAUAUCUACACGCCAUCCUUUCGAAAGACUAUUAUCAGCAUAUCGGGACAAGUUUGAAAGACCUAACAGAAGUUAUUACUACAGAAAGUAUGGCAAUCACAUUAUUUCAAGCUAUCAAAAUGAACGAACAGGAAUAAAUUCAGUAAAGCAGCCAACAUUUAGUCAAUUUCUAAAAUUUAUCAUAAGUGAGAAAAAUUUUGAUGAGCAUUGGAGACCUUAUUACAUUGAAUGUGAUCCUUGUGGCAUAGAAUAUGAUUAUAUACUCAAGCUGGAUAAUUUACACAUAGAGGAAAAGUACUUAUUCAAAGUUUUGAAUGUAUCAAGAACUAUUAAAGAUAAUAGGGAUGUUGAUAACAUUAAUCCAAAUGGCCGUACUAAUCACAAUAUAUCUAAACAAUAUUUUAGUAAGGUUAAAGAACAUUUGUUACGAGAUAUUUUCAAACUUUAUGAAAGAGAUUUUUUAAUUUUUGGGUAUUCUCCGAAUUGGUACUAUGACUUGACUAUGAAAUGA